AGAUACGGUGUUGCCAUAUUGGUGUCACCUGCAAGAAAGGAAGGCGGCGGCUGGCUAACUGGUGGUGUGUCUGUCUGUGUGUCUGUGUGUGGCUGUAGGGCGUCACCAUGAACCCCGCUGCCGUACCCACGCCCUUGGAAGACGUGCGGGGCGACGGGAGAUGGCUGAGUAUGCACAACCGCUUUGUGAACCAGGCGAGGGAAAUGGAGCCGGACGUGGUGUUUGUUGGGGACUCCAUUGUGGCGAACCUCCAAUGCACCGACGUGUGGGAGAAGUGGUUCGCCCCCAUGCACUGCCUCAACUUUGGCAUCGGUGGCGACGAAACACAGCAUGUCUUGUGGCGGCUCAAGAACGGAGAGCUGGAGUUUAUUAAGCCUAAGGCUGUAGUGGUGUUAGUGGGGACCAAUAACCACGAGCACACUGCAGCGGAGGUGGCCGGUGGCAUUAUGGAGAUUUGCAGGACCAUCAGGGAGAAGCAGCCACAAAGUCAUAUUGUAGCCUUGACUCUCUUGCCGCGAGGGGAGAAGCCAAACUGUCUGCGUGAAAAGAACAGUGAGAUUAACGGCCUCAUUAAAGAAACGCUGCGCUCCAUUGAGAUGUGUCAGGUAAUCAACAUCGACCAGGACUUGGUGCUUGGGGAUGGCACCAUCGACCACCGGGAUAUGUUUGACUACCUGCACCUCACACCCCAGGGUUAUCGGCGGGCCUUUGAACCAGUGUACCUCCUGCUCACCAACCUGCUUCACGAGGACGACCCACCAAUACUUAAUAAUGCCUCCUCUGCCCUCCUCUCCCCUUCCUCCUCACCACUUCUCUCCCCGUCAGGUGAAAAUGCCCCACAGACUGAACGCCCUGCCACUUGUGGGGAAUAAAUUAAGAUGCUGUGUUAUCUAAUGUCUUCUUCUUCUCUUCUUCCUCCUCUUUCUUAUUUUUCUUCUUCUGUAUUUUCUUUGAUCAUUUUUGUCACUGGCAGCUUUAUUAUGUCUUUCUUUAUUUGUCUCUGAUUUUUUUUUUAUUCUUCUUUCCUCUUCCUUGUCGUCUUUCUUGUUCUUCUUCUCUGUCGUUUCCUAUUUUCUUUUUUUCACUAUUAUCAUUGGCAGCCUAAUCACAUCUUUCUUUGUCUAUUUUUUUUUUUUUUU